GACCCUGUAGAUGUCCCUGCUCGGUCCGCAGCCCAGCCCGGAGCGCGCGGAGGCGCCGAGGCGGAGGGAGGGGCGGAGCUCGCAAACAUGGCUGAGGAGGGAGCAGGAGGAAGCCGCCAGGCCUUGCAAACCCUGCAGGAAUUGGUCGAUGGCCUGUACUAUUUCCGGGAUCACUACUUUGAAAGCCACAGCAUGGAGGAUGCUGGGAGAAAGCAGCAGGACGUGGUGGAGGAAAUGGAGAAAACACUACAGCAGAUGGGCGAGAUAGAUGGCUGUUCCCAGGGCCGGGCUCAGGCGUUGAUGCUGAAGGGGAAGGCUCUGAACAUUACACCUGACUACAAUCCCGAGGCUGAGGAGCUGCUGGCCAAGGCUGUGAAGCUGGACCCGGAGCUGGUGGAGGCCUGGAACCAGCUGGGCGAGGCCUACUGGAAAAAGGGUGACAUCACAGCAGCCCACACCUGCUUCUCUGGGGCCCUGGGGCAUCGGAAGAACAAGGUCUCGCUGCAGAAUCUGUCGAUGGUGCUGCGGCAGCUGCGAGCCGAGAGCACAGAGCAGCACGCCCAGAAUGUCAUGGACAGUGUCCGGCAGGCCAAGCUGGCUGUCCAGAUGGAUAUGCGGGAUGGCCGCUCGUGGUACAUCUUGGGAAAUGCCUACCUCUCGCUGUUUUUCAACACCGGCCAGAACCCCAGUAUCUCCCAGCAGGCCCUAAGUGCCUAUGCCCAGGCGGAAAAGGUGGAUCCUACAGCAUCCUGUAACCCGGACCUGCACCUCAACAGAGCUACGCUGCAUAAAUAUGAGGAGAAUUACACGGAGGCCCUGGAGGGGUUUUCCCAUGCUGCGGCCCUUGAUCCAACCUGGCCCGAACCCCAGCAGCGCCACCAGCAGCUUCUGGAUUUCCUGGAGCGACUCACCAGUCUCCUGGAGAACAAGGGCAAAGUGAAGGUUAAGAAGCUGCAGAGCAUGUUGGGAAGCCUGCGCCCAUCCCAGCUGGGCCCCUGUGGGGAUGGGCGGUACCAGGGGUCCUCAGGCCAGAAGGUGGCACUGGAGCAUCGGCUUCUGAGUGCCCUACAGCCAGGUGUGAACACGGGGGCCGUAGUGCUGGGAAGGGUGAUCUUCAGCCUCACCACGGAUGAGAAGGUGCCCUUCACAUUCGGCCUGGCUGACUCCAAGGGCCCCUGUUUUGCUGUCACUGUUUAUAACAUGGUCCAGAGCUGGGGUGUGCUCAUCGGCGACUCAGUGGCCAUCCCUGAGCCGCAUCUCCGGCAUCACCACGUCCAGCACCAGGGCAAGAGCUUCUCCUUCCCUGGGAUCCGUCUGGAUACCCCACUCCUGCUGGUGGUGAACGGCAAGAUGCAGGGACCUGGCAACCAGGCGGCAGCUACUGUGGCAUACCGAGCACAGAGUGAAUGAUGCUGUGGGGAGGGAAUGUGCAAAGAUAGCUCCUUGCCCUCCAUGCUGCUGCUGGAGGGGUUGGACUUGUCCUGUUUUCUGCUGCCCCCUAGUGGGUCCCAUGAGUAUAAUGGCUUUGAGAGGCUUGUGGGGCAGCAGGGGAUUUACAACUGGGUAUGGAGGCAAAGGAUGGGGACUGAGUGAUUUCUCCCUCCCCCCCCCCCAAAAGAGGGACAGAGGUCCCUCUUUUCCCACUCUCUCUCCACUCAACUUUGUCCAAUCUCCCAUAGCAAUGAGCUCUACCCAGGCUCUGCCCCUGGUACCCCAAUAAAUCACUCCAAUGAGCUGAUCCCAGGUGUGAAGAAAUUGCACUGGGACUAGGAGACCUCUACCAAGGCCACCAAUGGCUCUUCCAUCUGCACCUGUGCCCUGCCUUUUCUCCUUUUCCACACUCCCCCUUCCUGUUUCCUUCCCAUGGGCUGGAAUCACUGGCCCUGACCCCCCUUGGUUUGUCUGGCUUAUGACAUGGGGACGUUCAAAGGUUAUUAAGGGGUGUUGUAGCUGCCUAGUCCCUGUAGGUUUGGGGGUCGGACUUCCUUAGGGCCCUUUCACAGUGGGUGUGGCCCAGGGCCCUGCUGAGUGUGUGUGUGUGUGUACAGAGCGGUGGUAUAUUUUUUUUGGAAGGUUCUUUUUGUUUUAUCAUAUGUUUAAAGGUUGUUGUUUUUCUUUUGUAAUAAAUAAAUAAUGAAUAAAAUCUGUUGUCGAUGA